CUCUUGGAGUCCUUUUUAAAAUAAAUAAAAAUCAGUAAAAGUCCAGGCCUCGACGCUCGCUUUAAUCACGCGUACGAUAAUCAAUAAUCCAAACCUCCUCACGGACUUCUGCCAUCCAUCGAUCAGAGUCAGAACCGCAACGUAAACCCAGCUGCCACACCUUUUCCACGGUCCAAGGCUACUUGCUUCUCGUGAAAACAAGAGCAACCAUGUACAACUCCCACCUCCUCCUCAGCUUCGCCCUCUUCCUUCUCGUAGCCUUCAGCGCGAGCGGCGCCGUCGCCCCGGCACACCACAACGACCGCCGCCAAAUUCAUCUCGCAGCGCGACAGACGCCAGGCCAAGAAGAGACCAGGACCAGAGGUACUUGUACACAGAUGAGCAACAAAUGCAACUUGACGGGACGAGAUGCCCAAGUCUGCCCGGCGGACUACAAUAGAUGCCCCUUCGACGGCGCAUCGUGUGUCCUGAUCGAGCCAAAGGGGGAUUCGAGCCGCAAACCCGAGGUGCGUUGUGGCUAUCUUGGCAGCACGAGGUCGUGAAUCAGGAACGGAAUGGUUUUGAGAAACGGCAAGAAAGCAAACAACUUGUGAAGGUACCCUGGAG